AUGAAUAAACUGAAACGAUAUGGUAUUCCGGGUCCGACUCCUCAUCUAAUUUAUGGUAAUUUUAAAGAAUAUCAAACCAAAGGAUACGCCAAAUGUCACGAGGAAUGGAUCCAAAAGUACGGCAGAAUUGUUGGCUACUAUUUGGGCGCAAAACCAUUUGUGUUGAUCGCAGACCCGGAGCUCUUGAAAAUCAUUCAAAUCAAAGAAUUUAAUCAAUUCUCCAAAAGGAAACAACUUCUUGACGGAGGCAUUGAUAUAAAUCCUCGUUUUAAAAAGGAUUUGAUCUCAUGUGAGGACAGCCGCUGGCGAGAGAUGAGAAGCAUUUUGUCGCCAACAUUUAGCGGCGCAAAACUUAAGCAAAUGACACCAAUUAUUGAGUCGUCUAUCGAUCAGUUUGUCAGUCGAGUCGAAGAACAUAAGAUGUUAGACAAAGAGAUGGAUAUUUACGAUUUGGCUCAGGAUUUAACGAUGGAUACGAUCGCCAAAUCCGGAUUUGGUUUUGAUUCGGGCGCACAAACAGAGACCGAACGCAAAGUGAUUAAUGCCAUAAAAAAGUCGUUUCAAACACAAGUCUCACAAUUCUUCCUAUUUAUCUCAUUCUUGUUCCCCGAGUUCUUAUGGGCUAUAAAUCCUUUCCGAUUAAUAACUGAAAUGAUUAGCGAUUAUUUGGGUCAUUCCAGUCGAGGAUUUUUGCUCAAAGUUAGCGAUCAAUUGAUAAGACAAAGACGGGAACAAAAGGGUGACAAACAAAAGGAUUUGUUGCAAAUGAUGAUCGAUUCCGAGGGAAUUGAAAUUCUGUCCAAUGACAAGCUGUCAGUCAGUAGUGACAUGAAUAACGAUACUGUCGUCGACUCUAAUGUGCGGAUCAAUAAGAAGACAAAGAUGACCGACGAUGAGAUCGCAGCCAAUUGUGUUCUCUUCAUGGAAGGCGGUUAUGAGACGACGAGCAGUGCUUUGGGAUAUUUAAUGCAUAUCUUAAUCAAUAAACCAGAAAUUCAACACAAAUGUAGACAAGAAGUACAAGAAUUGUUAGAAUCGGAGGGAAAACUGGAUUACAAUACUGUAACCAAAUUAAAGUACAUGGAGUCUGUCAUAUAUGAGACACUGAGGUUGUAUACACCCGUUACUAUAUUUAUCUCAAGAUCGCCUAAAAUUGAUUAUCCAUACAAUGGAUUAACACUUCCAAAAGGUGUUGAUCUUCGAGUUCCUCAAUAUUUCUUGCAUAGAGAUCCAGAGCUGUGGUCAGAACCCGAAGAGUUUAUUCCGGAAAGAUUUUCCGACGAAAACAAGCAUUUAAUAAAUCCAGUCGUUUGGCAGCCCUUCGGAACGGGUCCUCGAAAUUGCAUUGGAAUGAGAUUUGCGUUAUUGGAGAUAAAAUUGUCCAUGGCCAAAUUACUCAAUCAAUACACUUUUAUUCCCUCUCCCAAUACAGAGUUGGGUGACAUUCAGCGGGACUUUAAAGUUAUAUCAAUGACUCCCAAAAAUGGUGUCUUCACUAAAGCUGUUGACGUUUCCCCGAAUACUUAA